UUACAGGAGUGAAGUUACAAUGUGUCAGCUGAAGAAGGGUGAGCAUGAAGACAAGCUGCAGGCUGAGUAAACUCUGUCAAGACCUUCCCAGCUGUUCUUCCUGCUACACCCAAUGAAAUCCCCUUGAUGCAGAUAUCCAGAAUGGCUGUAUUCAAACAGCAGAAAGUAGAAGAUGUUUAUAUCAUCACAGAUGAGUUGGGAAGUGGACAAUUUGCAAUUGUAAAAUGCUGCCAAGAGAAGAAGACAAGUGUGAAUUAUGCUGCCAAGUUCAUUAAGAAGCGGCAGAGUCGAGCUAGCCGUAGAGGGGUUACGCGAGAAGAGAUUGAACGGGAAGUUAACAUCCUGCGAGAAAUAAAGCACCCCAACAUUGUCACUCUGCAUGAUGUGUACGAGAACAAGACAGAUGUGGUCCUAGUUUUAGAGCUUGUUUCGGGAGGAGAGCUCUUUGAUUUCUUGGCUCAAAAAGAGUCCUUAAGUGAGGAAGAGGCUACAAGGUUUAUUAAACAGAUCCUGGAAGGAGUUAAUUAUCUACACACACGCAAGAUCGCUCACUUUGACCUAAAGCCAGAGAAUAUUAUGCUGUUAGAUAAAACAAUUCCUGUACCCCACAUAAAGCUCAUUGACUUUGGCUUGGCCCAUAAAAUAGAAGAUGGAGUGGAAUUCAAGAAUAUUUUUGGUACACCUGAGUUUGUAGCCCCUGAGAUAGUGAAUUACGAGCCACUUGGACUGGCUGCAGAUAUGUGGAGCAUUGGAGUGAUCACCUACAUACUGUUAAGUGGGGCGUCCCCCUUCCUGGGAGAGAACAAGCAGGAAACACUCUCCAACAUUACUGCUGUCAACUACGAGUUUGAUGAGGAAUUCUUCAGCCACACGAGUGAACUGGCCAAAGAUUUUAUUAGGAAACUCCUGGUGAAGGACACGAGAAAGCGCCUCACCAUCCAGGAGGCCUUAAACCACCCAUGGAUUACGACUCUCCAGUCCAAAGAGGAGACCAAAAUCCAUGACACUAAAAGGACAGCAAUGCGGAAGCUUAAGGCCAAGCGGCUGAGGGAAUAUACCAUGAAAUCUCACUCUAGCAUGCCUCCCAACAACACCUAUGUCAACUUUGAACGCUUUGCCAAGGUUGUGGAAGACAUAUCGGCCGCAGAAAAGAGGUUUAGCACUUUGGCAGUGAAUUAUGACUCUUUGCAGGAAGAUACAGAGGCCCUUAUCUCCAUAUACAAUGAGAAAGAAACCUGGUACAAGGAGGAAAAUGAGAACGUCAGACAUGAACUGUCCCAGCUCCGCUAUGAGUGCCGUAAAGUUGAGUCCAUGAAGAAAAAUUUUCAACAGGACAUGUACUUGGUGGAAACCAACGUUGGAAAUCUCUCCGGAAGGUACUCUGAGCUGCAAUGCCGGUAUGAUAGUCUGAGCAAGGAAGUGGCAGAAGACCUCAAGUGGAUCCAAGAUUUAGUGCAUGGGUUUCAAGGGGAGGACACACGAUACUCUUGUGGAAACUUUGCUUCUGUGUUGAAUAGGGACUUGACUGAAUCAUUUAUGGCUCUACUAAAUGGAUCAUGCAGUGAAGACCUCUUGGAAGGGUUGAACCUCAGAAUCACAGACUCAAGAGUCUAGCAGAGCACAUGUGAGAUGUUCUCCAUGAAGAGGCAUCAGC